AUGGAAAAGACGAAGAGGGAGGUGAUGGAAUUUGGAGACGGGGGAAGGGAGGAGCGGGUUCUCCCCGGCUUCCGUUUUCAUCCCACGGAUGAGGAGCUCGUGGGAUUCUAUCUCCGGAGGAAGGUAGAGAGGAAGCCCAUCAGCAUAGAAAUCAUCAAGCAUGUGGACAUCUACAAGUACGAUCCUUGGGAUCUUCCAAGUAAGCUUCUCUCUCUCUCUCUCUCUCUCUCUCUCUCUCUCUCUCUCUUUCUUCCUCCAUUCCUCCACCUCUCAUCAAUCCUUCUUUCGUGAAGCUCGAAAAUGUUAUCAGAACCCGUCUUGCGUCAAAGAUUUCAAUUUCCUUCCUUCGAUUCAGUCUCUUUCUCUCUCCCCCCCUCCUUGCCUCUCUUUAGCUCUUUCCUCCUCGAAUUCCUAGAGUCUGAAAAAAUUUCAACCUGUUACGGAAUGUUAACAGUCAUUCAGAGUAGCAAUUAAUUAAUCCGAGAAACCAUGGACCAUUCUAUCCAUUAAUUGUUAUUAAAUUCUCAUUGGGGGGAUGAGAAGGGUACUACAGAAGGUCCAAUAUCAUUAAUGCGUCCUACUUAGAUGAAUGAACCAAAGCUAUGUACUUGAGCCGUUUUACUCACCAAGAUCGAGACUCCAUAACCCCUCAACAACCACGUCUGAACCCUUCAACUCCAUUUUCAAUUGCCAAUCAGGAAACCCACCCAGAUCCCAAGUUGGAGAAAUCUGAUUGGCAUCUAGUGUGAAUGGAGGUUCGCUGUAGACGACUCUUAUCAAAUUUGAGCACAGAUCAACAGCGAGGAAACGCCACACCACCUCCUUUCCUUUUCGAUCAGUGCAAUGAAACUUUGACUUCUACGCGCAUCGUAGUUAUCGGACCAGAAACAAGAGGACCACACAAGCAUUAUAAUAAUAUGAUAUUUGACGGAGAGGUAUCAAACUCUCACACGGAUUUUCUUUAAUUACGAUUAAUGGCUUAAAAUAUACGUUGUAUUCUAACAAAAAAAGGUGUUCUCUACGUAUAAUCACAUGUAAAUGCGAUAGUUAUCGAUUUUGGGCGAGCCAGUUCGAUUUUCUUACCAGUUUUCUUUUCUUGAAGAUUUUGAAGGGGUCAACAGCCAUGGGAACAAGGAGUGGUACUUCUUCUGCAUGAGGGGGAGGAAGUACAGGAACAGCAUACGGCCCAACCGGGUCACCGGGUCCGGCUUCUGGAAGGCAACCGGGAUCGACAGGCCCAUAUAUACGGGCGGCAGCGGCGGCGGUGACUGCAUCGGCCUGAAGAAGUCCCUAGUCUACUACCGGGGCUGCGCCGGGAAGGGCACCAAGACCGACUGGAUGAUGCACGAAUUCCGCCUUCCCUCCCCCGGUUGCGGCGGAGAUGACGGCCGUGGCGGCUCACAGGAAGCGGUGAGGAUCUCUCUUUUCGUCUAUCUUCACCUCGUCAUCGUCUCCAAGCCUUCGGCAUCUAACGCCGACUCUCUCGGGUGCAGGAAAUGUGGACUAUUUGUCGCAUCUUCAAGCGCAAUGUGUCGUGCAAGAGAUAUCCCCAGGCACAGAGAUGGGAGUCUCCCGUCCCCGCCGCCGAUUCAGGCUCCAAGACUAGCAGCGGUGACUCCGACGGAUUCUGGGACAGCGUCGGCCACUACACGCAUCCGCCGGCUCCGGCAGUCCUGGAGAGCGAUUUCAACUCGGCCGCCGUCCAGUACGAGGAGAAGGUCCAGCCGUACCAGUGGACCUCGCCGGUACAAUCUUCUCCGCUGCUCCUACACUCAAACCCUGUCCAUGGGAAUGACUUCUUCCUCAAGGACGGACUCUGGGACGAGAUCGAUAGGAUCGCGGAGUUCUCAGUUGAUCCAUCCUCCCUCAUUUUCGAAUGUACAUACUGA